CUUAUUAAAUAGUUCCAAUUGAUGAUAAAACAAAAGAAGUUGUUGAUAACAGUGGGAACCACUCUCUUCGAGAAACUCAUCUCAACAUUAUGUACACAUCAGAAAGAACUCCUUAAUAUUCUAAGCAGUAGAGGCUUCUCUACUGUAACUGUACAAUACGGAAAAGGGAAGCCACCUGAGUUUGAUGAGGAGGUCCUACAGCAUCACCAAAUUGAAGUUAAUUGCUAUGAUUACAAGGACUCACUGCUGGAAGACAUCGCAUCUUCCGAUCUGAUCAUAUCCCACGCUGGCGCAGGCACUUGUCUGGAAGUACUCAACCUGCAGAAACCUCUAAUCGUAGUUGUAAAUGACUCACUCAUGCACAAUCACCAGACCGAAUUAGCCAAUCAGCUGGCGAGUGACGGACACUGUCUUAGUUGCACUACAGAUACUCUGCUUUCCGCCAUUAGUUCGCUGGAUCAAUUGAAGUUGAUACCCUUUUUGCCAGGAAAACCAGAAUUAUUUGUCCAAUGUUUGGACGAGUAUUUCGGCAUUGCUCAUCCGAAAUGAGUUUCAAAAUGGCGCCGAAGUUAUUUAAUUCAAAACCAUCUAAACAGUUAUUUAAUUCAAAAUUUGAGGUCAAAAAGUUGUUUAAUUCAAAAUAGUCGA